UGUCGGCGAGAUGAACUGAAAUUGCCACCCGUUGCUGGUAAAAGAAAAAGGACGCCUGUUCAUUAUGCAGCCGAAAACGAUUGGCCCGCAAUUUCUAAACUGAAAGUCCUGAACCUUCUUCUCGAAAGAGGAGGAGAUCCCAACCUGGAAGACGAACGGAAGAGAACGCCGGUCCAUUUUGCCGUUCAAAAUCCAAUCAACGGAUAUAGGAUUGUAAAAGUACUUUUGAGAAACCGAGGAAAUCCUAACGCCGUUGACGACCAGAUGAUGACACCCGUCCAUUUUGCAGCCAUGGCAGCUCAUACCCACAAGAGAGUCGACAGGAUGAAACUGCUCCUGCAAUAUGGCGGAGAUCCGAACGCGGUUGAUUCUUCCGGGCGCACCCCUGUCCACUAUGCGGCCAUGAGUGAAUCGAACGAUGCGCCGCAAAUGAUUGAAUUACUUUUAGCGAAUAAAGGAAAUCCGAACGCCGUUGAAAAUUCAAGACUCACCCCAGUUCACUGCUGUUUAAUCAAGAAUCCAUCGGCAAGGGUGGCCGAGAAAAUACUGGAAUUAUUGUUGAAACACGGAGGCGAUCCUGAGGCUCCUGACAAUGAAGGAAAAACGCCAAUUGAUUUAUUAGCAGCCAAAGGACAAUCGGCAGAAAUGCAAAACAUGUGGAAUAUUCUCAAACUAAACCAACGACACUAAUGGCGUCUCAAUUGCAGAUGUUUCCCCUGGCAAGUCUAGUUCAACACCUUAAUAGUUUAAAACAAAGUUUGAUAUCACCACAUUCAUUCUCCGACAGUAACACCAACCAAACGUCAUUUCUAAUGCGCAAUUUCUGAGCGAUUCGACCACAAGGUGUGGCCGUCUCUGUCAACAUCAUCAAUUAAAUGCGUCCAUGUCUAGCUGUUACUUUCUUAAUUGUUUUCAUCCGCAUGUGAGCUGCGAGCCGCAUUUCUUCCGCUUCAGUCAUUUUCCAUCAUCCGACUCAGUCUGAUGAUGUCGAGCGACAUGAGUUUCCAGCGGAGCCUCCAGCCCAUGUUGGUCUGGAUGCGUUUCAUCGGAGUUUUCUUAGAGUCACCCGGAACAAGUCCAGCAGCGGAAGCAGCGUCUCCCUGGAUUCGCAUCGGAAUUACCUGCUACGGUUUUCUAUUCUUUUUCGGCAACGUCUUUUUCAACGGAUUGAACAUCACCGAGUUCUUUGCUUUCUUCGAAAUCACCUCAACCGCUUCGCUCUGGACGAUGGCCAUCAGCAUACUCAACAUGGCCGCAACGACAAUCUGUUGCCAAUUGAGUUUAAUGUCCAGCGCUGCUACCAAGUGGCCAAAUUUAAUGCAAAUGCUCUGUCAAAUGAAAAGCCAAGGAUUUUUUGAGACCAGAGACUAUCAGAAUUUUCGUCGCAUUUUCCUUGGAGGACUCACUUUUAUCAUGGUCUUUGCGGUUACCACUGGAACUGGGUUGAUUGCCCCAUAUUUGACACUUGACUGGGAAGGUCUGAAAGCCUCGUUUCCGAGAUUCUGUUUAUUAUUCGUCUUUAGUGGUGGCGCUCUGUUUUCCAGCCUUGGAUGGAUGGCGUCCAACAUGCUGGACAUUCUGGCCCGGCAAGUUCAUCAAACCACCAGCGAGAAGACAGAAUUAAACUGGACCCAAAGGAUUGACACCUGGAGACGCCAGUAUCACCUGAUUUCGCAGUUUGUUGACGAGAUCAGCCAUUGCUACGGACCUCUAGUCUUGACGCUCAUUACGUCUGGCUUCGUCGUGAUGAUCGACCUUUCUUACAACAUUAUGCAAUAUGUCAUCGACAAUUGCCACGACUGCAUUGUGAACCACAUUCUGCUUUUUAUCACUCAAUUUUCAUUUUUUCUCGUCUUGAUCUACGUGCCGCAUCGCAUACGGGAAUCGGCAAUCACGUUUAGUAAGCAAUUGCAGUGCAUUGAACAAGGCCCCGAAAAAGAUGACAAGCAGAUUGAUAUCUUUGCCUUGAGCGUGUUGAAUUCGCUACCCAAAAUCACGGCGAUCGGCGUUUUCGAUGUUGAUCUUCACCUCGUACCGACACUGAUUGGGACAACGCUGACUUAUUUGAUUAUUCUUGGUCAGUUCCAGUUUACCAAAACUGGAGAGUGUCACUCAUCUGGUCAGGUGUAGCAAUAAGGUCAACCAAUAUCCACUAAUUGCUAAAAGCAAUUAUAUGAAAUCAACUUCUCCAUUUUUGUUUGCAUUCGGCUAAACAUUGUUAUCGUUGAUAAGAGCAACUCGAAAUCUACACAAUCUACAAACCAAUACAACACUAUGUAUGUAUACUAUACAAUACUAUACACAAAUACAAAU